GGAGAGAUCUCUGUUCCCCUCGGCUCUUCUGUUGGUGUUCCUUAGCUGUUAAUAUGUUUUUUGCCGUCGUUUCCACCGAACCUGCGUGACAGUGAAUGGACUGAGUGAAACCAUUUUCUGCUUGUGAGGAGAUCUACUGUUCAGUCAUGAGCUCCAGCCUUGUCAACUCUUUGGCCAAAGUCUACGAUCGGAAUCCACUUCACGCUCAGAAGCCUGGUGGAAGGAAGCUCUCACUCAAUGGAUCAGACAAGGCCCAAGCGUCUCCAUCACCACCUUCCUCGCCUCAGGAUGCCGCCUUGCGCUGUGUGGAGAGCAGAAUGGACUCUUUGAGCUCUCAGAUGGAGCGCUUGCUCAACAUGCAGCAGACCGUCCUGACCCGGCUGGACGGCUUGUCCCAAGACGUCAGGGGCAUGGGUCAGGAUCUGGCCUCGAUGCGUGGGGAUGGCCGCGGGGAGAGACGUGAAUCUGGGGUGGAGGCGGCCUGCCGAGAGCUGUGCGAGGCCAUGGAGAGGGCCAGCGAGCGGAUGGACAGUCAGGGACGCAGGCUGGAUGGGGUGGAGAGGCUGGUGGAGGGCACCCAGCAGGUGAUCAGCUACAUUGGGGAGGUUGUGAAGAGCUCCAGGCUGGUGGAGCUGCUGUUUAAACAGCCUGGGAAGAAGGCGAUGAAGAAGGAUGACAAGGAAAAAGCCAAACUGAGCCUGAAGGGUUCGAAGGCCCAGAAGAAGAGGAGACCUGCCGACCCAUCAGAAACGUCCUCCUUCAAUGAGCCGGUGCUGCAGGAACAGUUGGAAAAGCUCAACAGGCAGAACACUGAGCAUUCCCAUGGAAAAGCAGAGGCCGACAACCAGAGGGGGGAGGGGGGAGGAAGUGGAGGGAAAAGACAGGAGUCGGCAGAGCUGAUCCUGAACGGACAAUUCACCGCUGAGGCCGAGUCAGAGGACAGGAAGAAGGGCACACACUGGAAAGAGGAGGGGGGGGAUCUCUUCCAGGACUCAGAAUCAGAUGAAGUGGAGGAAAAAGUAGAAGAUAUUAGUCCAGAACAGACUGUGGAGGAUGAUGGGAAUAAAAAGCAUAUAGGAGAGGCAGAAGAGUCAUCAACAUUGGAUAAAGCCCCUCUCUCACCACAGGAAAGCUCUGAGGAGGUCAGCGAUGUGGCCACUUGCAGCAAACGUCGUGUCACUGAAGAAGACCUGGUGAAGGACGACCUCAAAAAAAGCAGAGUGGAAGAUGAGGAAGGGAAAAAUGCUGAGGUGGCAGAGGAAGGAGCGGCUCAAGCCUCCAAAUCUGAAGAAGUAAAAACUGAGGUGGAAGAGGAGGGGGAGGAGGGAGAGUCAGCAGAGAAGGAAUUUCUUCUUGACGUAAGCCCUCCACCGCAAGCACCUUUCGACCAUCGCAUUGUGACUCCCAAACCCCACCAGAUAUCCUCCUAUUACACCAUCAACAGAGACGAGGUCCUGGGAGGGGGACGUUUUGGGCAAGUCCACAAGUGCAUAGAAAACUCGUCCAAUCUGAUGUUGGCUGCCAAGAUCAUUAAAGCCAGGAGCCAGAAAGAAAAGGACGUGGUGAGGAAUGAGAUCCAGGUGAUGAACCAGCUGAACCACCCCAACCUCAUCCAGCUGUACGCCGCCUUCGAGUCGCGCCAUGACAUCAUCCUGGUGAUGGAAUAUGUGGAGGGAGGGGAACUGUUUGACCGCAUCAUCGAUGAGAACUACAACCUGACAGAGCUGGACACGGUGCUGUUCAUACGCCAGAUCUGUGAAGGCCUGCAGUACAUGCACAAGAUGUACAUCCUGCAUCUUGACCUCAAGCCAGAAAACAUUCUUUGUGUCAGCAGAGCUACUAACAAGAUUAAAAUCAUUGACUUUGGCCUGGCCAGGAGGUAUAAACCCAGAGAGAAGCUGAGGGUCAACUUUGGAACACCUGAGUUUUUAGCUCCUGAAGUCAUCAACUAUGAGUUUGUCUCAUUCCCCACAGACAUGUGGAGCCUGGGCGUCAUUAUGUACAUGCUGCUCAGUGGGCUGUCUCCGUUUCUGGGAGACGAUGACAACGAGACGCUGAACAACAUCCUGGCCUGUCAGUGGAACUUUGAGGAGGAGGAGUUCAAGGACAUCUCCGACGAAGCAAAAGACUUCAUCACACUUCUGCUGGUGAAGAGCAAGAGCUGGAGGAUGAGCGCAGCGGAGUCCCUCAGACACCCCUGGCUGUCAGACAGAAGUCUGCACUAUCGACUAGAUCAGAAGAAAAACAAGUGCCACUCCACACACGCCCCUUCUCCAGAGAACCAGACAGAAACACUGUGAGGCCUUCAGCAUGCCUUGUAGAGCCCUGGAGCUCAACACUGGACCAAUGCUGCUGUACCUGUAUGGCUACUGGAUAACUACUCUCACAUCCUCCUGUCAGCUUAGCUUAGUUUAGCUUCGUUAGCUCUGAUCUGAAUAGUGUGAGGCCCAUGCUUACUGUCCUGUAGAGCACCAACCUUCAGACUGACUCGGUGGUGUGUAGAACGACCCAUAUUGCAAUGGUGAAUCCAUCAUAUUAUACACAAAAGUCCUGAACAACUGUCACUUCUUCCACAUCCACUGCAGUUGGAAAAGGUGAAGAAACACUGAAGAAAAGUAACUUAGCAUCAAACAAGUUGUUCUCUCUCUGACAAUGUACUGGUUUGUUGCAUGCUUUGCACCUUUUGGCCUACUUCUUCAAGGUUUAGCAAACAUUUUUAAAUAAAAUAUAGACUGAAUGCUUUAAUAUAUUUUUGUGAAUACAGAUUUUUUUCUUUUUCUUUUCAUUUACAAGUCUUAUUGAAAUGUGUUUAUUUCUUGAACAUAAGGUAGAGGUAGAACUUGGUUGAAGUUGAAGUCACACCACGUUAAUUUAUUAUGUAUAUAUCACAACACUGCAUCCUCUCAUUUCCCUGGAAAGUGAAGACAUCUCAAUGACUGAAUUCGGUUUGGAGCCAUAUUCAGACUGCAUUUCUGGUACAUUUUCACUGUAGACUUGAUUGCUUUCUUUAUGCGUUCAUGCCACUAGCUUGCCUUUGCUUGGGCAGUUUGGAGUAGCCCUCUCACCUUCCAUGAAGGCACAACAGACAACAGAAUACUACCUAUGAAUGAUUCGUGUUUAUGACUGAAGUGGAUUUUUAUGUUCAUUUAUUUACUGGUUCAAACGCCAGACUGUACUUGAGGUGCAAAGCUUUUCUUUUCAAGAUGGGAUUUAUUUACAGGGAAGAAAAACAGGAUUUCACGUAGUUCUGCACAUGUAUGCUCUGAAUGUGUAAAUGCACACUUCAGCUUGACGGACAGCCAACAACAGAGAGGACACCAGUCUGUAUUUUAUUGUCCUUUUAUUUCUAAUACAUGGGAAGUUGGAUUAAUGUUGUUCACUCAGUUGUCGGUUGCUCCAAGUAGAAACUGAAAAGCUUUGUGAUUUUGUUUAUUUGAAUUUAUGAUACCUUUUUCAAGUUUUCUUGUGUAAUAAUGAGAUUAUUAAAUGUAGAAUAUAAAUAAGCAAACAAAUA